GAGCAGGAAAACGUUUGGCGGGUGUCUGUGCAGAGGUGUGGACGUUUCCCGCGCAGCCAGCUGAUUCAACACAGUCUCGUUGCGAUUUCACCGGAUACACUCCAAUAACCACAAUGCACUUCGAGUGGUGACGUCAGGGAGCACACCUCUCACUGUGAUUGGCUGGUCUACUUCUCCCUCCGCUGCAUGGCUGAAGGUGAAGCUGUGGAUAGUGAGUGAGUCAGUCCUGUUUGCUGUCCAAAAUGUCAUCCAGUGGACUUUUAAACAUGCACGCUCGGCUCUGUAAACGCUUGGCUCACAAGUACCUCUCAAGAACGUAUACAUCCCGCCCUUCACUCAAUGAAGUUGUUAUCGUCAGCGCAGUCCGAACUCCAAUGGGCUCCUUCAAAGGCAGCCUGGCAGCAGUGCCAGCCACCAAACUGGGCUCCAUCGCCAUUAAAGGAGCCAUAGAGAAAGCAGGAAUCGCUCCUGAAGAGGUGAAUGAGGUCUACAUGGGAAAUGUACUUCAGGCAGGAGAAGGUCAGGCUCCUACCAGACAAGCCUUACUAGGAGCAGGUUUGACCCUCGGCACUCCAGCAACAACCAUCAACAAAGUCUGUGCCUCUGGGAUGAAGUCCAUCAUGAUGGCAGCUCAGAGUCUGAUGUGUGGACACCAGGAUGUGAUGGUAGCAGGAGGCAUGGAAAGCAUGUCAAACGUCCCGUAUGUAAUGUCCAGAGAGACCCCGUCCUACGGAGGAGUGAAGAUGGAGGACCUCAUUGUCAAAGAUGGACUCACUGACGUCUACAACAAAUUCCACAUGGGAAACUGUGCAGAAAACACAGCAAAGAACUCCAACAUCACCAGAGAGGAGCAGGAUGCGUACGCUAUCGGCUCAUACAGCCGCAGCAAAGCAGCGUACGAGGCCGGCGUGCUCGCAAAGGAGAUCGUUCCUGUGAGCAUUCCCCAGAGAGGUAAACCUGAUGUAGUUGUGUCCGAAGACGAGGAGUGGAGGAAAGUUGACUUCAGCAAAGUUCCCAAACUGAGGGCGGUGUUCCAGAAAGAGAACGGCACGGUGACAGCAGCGAACGCCAGCACCUUGAACGACGGAGCAGCCGCCCUUGUUUUAAUGACAGCAGACGCUGCAAAGAGACUCAACGUCACUCCACUGGCCAGAGUUGUGUCUUUUGCUGAUGCUGCUGUUGCCCCCAUUGAUUUCCCCAUCGCUCCUGCAUUUGCUGUACCAAAGGUCCUGGAUGCAGCUGGUCUGAAGAAGGAGGACAUCGACAUGUGGGAGAUCAACGAGGCCUUCAGCGUGGUCGUCCUCGCAAACAUCAAGAUGUUGGACAUCGACCCAGCAAAGGUCAACAUGAACGGAGGAGCCGUGUCUCUUGGACACCCCAUUGGAAUGUCUGGAGCGAGGAUCGUGGGUCACAUGGUGCACAACCUGAAGUCUGGACAGUACGGUCUGGCAGGAAUCUGUAACGGAGGAGGCGGAGCUUCAUCUAUUCUGAUCCAGAAACUGUAGAGAAGUGAUUGUAAAGGUUUUUCUCCUGCUGAUACACUCUUUAUUAGUCUUUGUGUCGACUAUCUCUGAAUGAUUAAGCCCUCUGCACUCGCCCUAUUUUCUACUGUUACAUCUUAAACGCCAGCGGCCUUACUCAGACAGAAACGUAGCACUCGACUCACUCGGCAUCAUCACACCGAUGUUUAAAACACUCCUGUUUGAAACAUUGUGCAAAAAAAUGAUUAAUGUUUAACUCUGAAGUGACGUGGUUAAUAAAUAGUUUUUAUGAAAGCA